AUGCCCAAAGGAAGCCUACAAAAAUGGUUAAGCCCACAGAAACCACGCAAGACAGCAGAAGAACGUGCGAAUGAGCGAGAGCAACAAGAUCUUGAGAUGGCAAUGAAGUUGAGUUUACAAGAAGAGGAAAAGGUCAGGGCCGAGCAAAUGGCAUUGCUUUCUCAAUACGAAGGUCGUCGAGCAUCGAUCGAACAAGCUAUACCAGACGAUAUUACCGAGGAGUUUUCAUUGGCACAAGACGUUGAAGAAGAGGAUGAGAUACAUUCGGAUCCACUGCUAUCAAGUCCACUUUCACCUUCAUUGACACGGCAGGAUCAACAGCAUAAUAAUGGAUACCUUAGCGAUGAAGAAUUGGAUGACUUUGUACAAGGCAUGUUGGCGACAUCAUCAAGUAGCUAUAAUGAAUCACCUAUACCGAACAGGAUAAGGAAGGCAUCAGGGCGACGGGGGAAACGAUCCAUUGCUGAAGCUGUUGCUGAGAGCGAGGAUAACAGGAGGAAAAGACGAGUCGUAUGUUCAUCAUCAACGAAUACCCAUUAUAAGGUGGAUGGUAGUGCAUUGGAAAGCGAAUUUGAAAGUGCAGGGUUUGCCGAUUCUGCUGUUGGAUUAGCUUGGGAGAGUAGAGGACAAUCUCGGUAUUUGUAG